AUGUCUGUACCAAAAGCAGUAACCCCGAGCUACACUCAGGCUUAACAUGCGGCGCUGCAUAGGGAUUCCCUGCAGAGCUUACCUUGUCCUUCCCUCCCGCGAUGUGUCCCCUGCAGCAUCCCCGGCUAUCUCCUCCGGCCGAUGCCAGCAUCCGGCUUCUGUGUUCUGGUCCCUGUGACGUCGGGACGUACGGGCGGGAAAUUUUUAAAAUUUAAAAAAAAUGUCAUUUUUUUUCUAAACGAAUUUUACAUAUGCUUUGUCCUGUGCCCUGCCUGCAUUUUGACUGUUCUUUCU